UAAAAGCCUUUUGUUGCAAUCUUAGCCAAUGGAGACGGAUUACGACACCGGGCAGCUGAGAUAUAUAAAGAGCCCCUUUUUGACCGCACUUGCACAUUUUUCAGUGACACUUCUGAACGUGCGCACACCUCCAUGGACUAAUUUACACAGGGGGAACCACCAAAACAGCCUCUCUAGCCUUCAGCAUACACGUGAGCGGGCUAUGCAUUCAUCACUCAGACCGUUCCACUCUCCAUCAAAACAGCUUGCGCCGUGACGCACUGGAACGCACUUUUGGUUUUCUUAAGAAACUUACUGCAGAAAGUCCUGCUGCAAGAAAAAAAAAGAAGAAAAAAAUAGAAAAAGAAGAAGAAGAAGAAGAAACACUUUUUGGAUUAAAUGCAUGUCCCUGAUUCAAUGCCUUUUGCCGGCUAAGGUAAGGAGCGGUGCAGAUCCAGAAGGGAUAUAACGGGAUAAAGCGACUAAAAAAGAGAAAGAAAGGGGGAAAACAUUAACAAACAACACAAGAAAGGAGGAAAGUUGCGGCUCCUGGGUGUCCGUGCAUCGUCAUGCCGAGGUACAACUUUUUACUAUGCUUAGUGGUGCUCAUCUCCCUGGGACAGUCGGGGAGCGAUGAGCCCAAUCUGCUGCUGCAGCCUCCUUCAGGCGAAACGCCCACGGACGCCGGGCUGUCGCUGCUGGACGAGGACCCCGGGUCCCAUGAGUGCUCCGCGUGUGUGUGGAGGGAGCAGAGCAAAGUGCUGAGACUGGAGACCAUCAAGUCCCAGAUCCUGAGCAAGCUGCGGCUGAAGCAGGCCCCCAACAUCAGCCGGGAGGUGGUGAAUCAGCUGCUGCCCAAGGCGCCGCCGCUGCAGCAGCUCCUGGAUCACCACGACUUCCAGGGAGACGCGUCGUCGCAGGAUGAGUUUAUGGAGGAGGACGAGUACCACGCCACCACGGAGUCCGUUAUCACUAUGGCCUCAGAGCCGGAGCCCCUGGUCCAGGUGAACGGGAAGCCCAGCUGCUGCUUCUUCAAGUUCAGCCCCAAACUGAUGUUCACCAAGGUGCUGAAGGCCCAGCUGUGGGUGUAUCUGCGACCACUGCAGCAGACCUCCACCGUCUACCUGCAGAUCCUGCGACUGAAGCCCGUCACGGAACAGGGCAGCCGCCACAUCCGCAUCCGCUCCCUCAAAAUAGAGCUCAACUCCAGGGUCGGGCACUGGCAAAGCAUUGACUUUAAGCACGUGUUGCAGAACUGGUUUAAACAGCCCCACACCAACUGGGGAAUCGACAUCAAUGCCUUUGAUGAGAGCGGCAAUGACCUGGCAGUUACCUCGCUGCGACCCGGGGAGGAGGGGCUGCAGCCGUUCCUGGAAGUGAAGGUUCUUGAGACCACCAAGCGGUCUCGGAGAAACCUUGGCUUGGACUGUGACGAGCACUCCACCGAAUCUCGCUGCUGUCGCUACCCUCUGACCGUGGACUUCGAGGCAUUCGGUUGGGACUGGAUCAUUGCCCCCAAACGCUACAAAGCCAACUACUGUUCUGGUCAGUGCGAGUACAUGUUCAUGCAGAAAUAUCCGCACACCCACCUGGUGCAGCACGCCAACCCUCGAGGCUCCGCGGGGCCAUGCUGCACCCCAACCAAGAUGUCCCCCAUCAACAUGCUUUACUUUAAUGACAAGCAGCAGAUCAUUCACGGGAAGAUACCAGGGAUGGUGGUGGAUCGAUGUGGAUGCUCUUAAGCUGUGGGAGGAAACACACACACACACACACACACACACACACACACACACACACACACGCACGCAUGCACGCACGCACACACACACACACACACUUGUGUACAGCCCUCAUCAAAGCACCCAAAACCCUUAUGGAGCUUUCGCCCGGCACCAGAACCCACACCAUGGCACCAGAUUUAACUUUUGCUCAGCCACAAAAGCCUCCCACUAGGUUUCCAUGUUUCCAGUAAUGAAACUGAUUCUUGCUGUACAAAAAGUUAGCGAACGAAAUAAGAAUCAAAAUAAAGGAACUGAAUAAUGGAAAUACAGCACAAAAUGAACGAUCUGAAGAGGGUGUACUUGUGAAGCAGCUUCAUAAAAUGGUAAAUGAAACAAAACUAUGUUAUAGAGUAUGUGUUUGUGACUUUUUUUAUUUUUAUUAUUUUAUGGAAUCUUUGUAAAAUGUCCAGGUUAGUGGGAUGAGAUGACAGGAGAAAUAAGAAUAUUUCAUUAUGAAACGUCAGCUUUUCAGUCAAGUUUGGAAAUACUUAUUUUUGCAGGUACACCUACUCAGAGGAGAAACUUGAUUUACUUAAAUAAUUGCAAAGGGGCUUGAUUAUAAUUAUUUUGCAAUCCAUCACUUGGACAAAAAAAGAAGUCAGAAAGCAUGACAAACACGAAGGUUUAAUUACUUAACGUUCUCUGAGAAUAAAUUAAACAUCUCGUUUACAGAUGUUUAGAGAUGUAAAGUGUGGAGGAGGUCCAAAACCAAACCUAUACCAUCUAUUAAUGUAUAACACUCCAGUGUGACAUUCUCGAGUAUCUUUUAAAACCUCUUUGAUCUUUUAUUUGCAGUCUUGUAAAACUUUAAAAAAGGAAAGCGAAAAGGUCAUGCUGGUUGAACUCAAUCUUUCAAAGCGGAUCACUGAAGUUGCUAUAGCAGUCUUUACCAUCCUGCAAAUUUAGAUAAUAUAGUUUGAGCUCACCAUGCACAUUAAAGUAAAAAAUAAAGUGGAUAUGUGGAUACAGGCUCAAUUCAUUAUUUUGUACCAUUUUGGAAGAGGACAAGAAGGACAAAUACUGCAUUAUGACAAGAACCUGGCAGGCUUUUUGUUGUUGUUGUUGUUGUUUUAAACCAGUUUAUCCAACAUAGUAAAAUGACUUUUUCAACAAAUGUUCAAAAAAGACACAAAUGCACUGUUGCAUAACUUGAAGGGGCUUGGGAUUACAUGUAAAAACAGACAACUGAAUUCUUACCCUGAAAUAAAUACACAGAAAAAGUCAUUAUGCUCACGAGUCGACAAGCUGAAAGUAGCACAAACCGGAUUAUCCAUAGAGGUUUACACACAUUUACUUGUAGACAUCUAUAUAAUAAUAGUAAUAAUAACAAACACUUGAAUGACAUUAGAUCAGUACAUUGCUCCUGUCAUCCAAGCUCUUUUUGGUAGUUGCAGAUCAAAAAGGAUUCACUAUUGGAGAAACUUUAAACAGCAGUACUGUGCUAACAAAUAAUAACUUUUAUAACUCACAACACAACACGUAGUUUGUGAAAGAAAGAAAUAAAUACAUAAAGAUCAUUAACUUUACUUUAGAGAGCAUAUUUGAUUGUAUUUUGUAAUGCCCUCCAUCCACUUCAACCGUUUCAUCAUUUUCAUAAUGGUCAAGAAUAUUGUUAGUGCUUGAACACAGAGUAGAUUAGUACGCUCGAAGCUUGUUUUUUGUCUCCUGGAUGUCAAAGCAAAGAUAUCCUUUUGUUGUAAACGAAAGCACUAUGCUGUUGGAUAAAGUGAGAGCCUUCUGACAUUAUAUAUAAAUGAUAUAUGUAUAUAUUAAAAAGGAGUAAAAAAAAAAAAAAAAAGAAGAAAAAAAAAACGUUUUUUGGGGCACUCUACCUUACCAACAAUAAAUUUUGCACUAUGGGACGUUCAUGGCGUGAGUAAAGCGUUGUUUGCGUUUUACCAAGCAAAAGAGAGCUUGUACAGUAUAGGAUUGAAAAAAAAAUAUUCAAGCUUCUGGUAAUAAAUAAACCAUAAACUAGGGAAGUUAUCACUUCUUUUCAUACCAUCACACUUUCAUGACUUUGUCUGAAGCGGGGGCCUGUCCAUGGAGCCACACACUUCUUUCUAAUCUGGAAACUGAACUUACUGAAAGGCCUGAAAGGCCUUCGUGCCCACUUUUGGGUAAUAAAUCGUGUUUGUAAUACAUGUCUGGAUCAACAAACAUAGAAUGCUUUAACUGGAAAUGGCCUGCCUAUCAACUUUAAUCUAUUACCACGGUACACAGAUAACAACCUUUUGACUUCAUCGGUGUGUCAACUGUCUUGCAUAGAUUUUUUUUUAUUAUUAUUAUUUCUUAUAUGUGUAUUUUAAGUGAGAGGACCCAUGUGAUAAUGGGAGGAGUAUCCAGGGAUUGUUAGCCAAAGUAGAGGAUGACAUGUUGUGUGCCGAAACCUUUGUGAUUGCAAGAAUAUGCGAGAACAUUUCAAAGGGAGGAAAAAGCUGGUUUAAGGGGCAGAGUUUGGAGGAAAAUAAAAAAAAAUUCUACUUGCCAAUUGUUAUUUAUUAAUAUUAAUUACAGUGCAUUUAAAAAUCUGUCUACCUCACUUUAGCCUUCUAAAAACUUUGCUUUGAAAAUAAAAUGUCAGCAGUUAAUCAGUGCAAACAUUUAACCCAUUAAAGCCUCUCCCAUCCCCUCCAAAAAUGUAAAUGAUUUCACAGGGUCCCCUCGCUCUCAGGUUCAGGUUGAGUUAUUGACAGAGUGACUGAUGGUAGCAGCCCUGCUUAUGUGCGGUCAAAAGAAAUACUUAGCUGUGCCCACAUCUGUGGCUUAACUAUGGUUAACUGUUGAGAAGUUGCAUUUUGAACUGUAGUGUUUGUAUACUGGUAUGUAUGGGAUUUUUCAUAUAAAUAUAUGAGAGUAAGAGCUAUCUAUGUAAAUACAUACCCAAAUGUUAACUUUUAUGAUGUGUUGGACAGGUUCACCGCUUCUAAUGUUGUUCUCUCUUUUCCCUUUCAUUCCCCUCAUUCUUUGUGUAGUUAAAAAAAAAACAUGAAAAAAAAAUCACCCCAACUUUGUAGUUUCAUUGUUGUGCAUAUGGAUAACUGUAUGACUUUUUUGCAUUUUGUUGUU